AUGGUUCUUGGGUUUAGUCUUCCAAUUUCUGACAGACAGACAAAAGCAAGAAUACUCUUUAAACACUGCAAAAACUCUGUCAAUCACGUGACUCUCCCCCCAAAUCUGCCUCUGCUGGUACAGUUGGGAAAUUGUAGGAAUAUGGGUGUUAUUUCCCGCAAGAUAUUCCCAGCAUGUGAGAGUAUGUGUGUAUGCUGCCCUGCACUGAGGUCACGGUCACGUCAGCCCGUCAAGCGUUACAAGAAAUUGCUUGCUGAAAUUUUUCCCAAAUCCCCUGAUGGUCAUCCAAAUGAAAGGAAAAUUGUGAAGCUAUGUGAAUAUGCUGCCAAAAAUCCUUUCCGGAUCCCAAAGAUUGCCCAAUAUCUUGAAGAAAGGUGUUACAAAGAACUGCGAAAUGGGCAUAUCAAAAUUAUUAGUAUCAUUGCUGAGGCCUAUAACAAAUUGCUCUGCAUGUGUAAGGAGCAGAUAGCAUAUUUUGCUGUUAGUCUGUUCAAUGUAGUUAGUGAACUGCUGGGUGACUCAAAGGAAGACAGUGUCUUGAUAAUUGGAUGCCAAACUCUGACCGCAUUUAUUUACUGUCAGGUAGAUGGAACAUACACGCGCAAUAUUGAAAAUUUAGUUCACAGAGUGUGCAUGUUGGCUCGUACUAUUGGCGAUGAACACCAAAAGCACAGCUUGAAGGCAUCAAGCUUGCAGUGCCUUUCAGCUAUGGUGUGGUUCAUGACUGAGUUCUCUCAUAUAUUUGUUGAUUUUGACGAGAUAGUGCAUGCUACUCUUGAUAACUAUGAGAGGGACAUACAUAACGAAGAAGAUGAUGAAAGGGGGAAGGCACAUCAUAACUGGGUGGAUGAUGUAAUAAGAUGGGAGGGAAGAGGUACUCCCAGUGUUGGUGGUGAAUUUAGCCCUAGCCACAUGAAUAUCAGACCACGGCCUGAAAAGAGAGAUCCAUCCCUCUUAACAAGAGAGGAAGUUGAGGCACCAAAAAUAUGGGCUGAAAUAUGCAUCCAGAGAAUGGUUGAACUGGGGAAGGAGAGCACAACAAUGCGUAGAAUAUUUGAUCCAAUGUUUGUAUACUUUGAUGCUGGGCGGCACUGGGUGCCUCAGCAGGGGCUGGCCACUAUUGUUCUGUCUGACAUGUCCUACUUUAUGGAAAACUCAGGAAAUCAGCAAUUAAUUUUAGCUGGUGUUGUUCGACAUUUGGACCACAAGAAUGUGGCACAUGAUACCCAGAUUAAAUCUUAUGUCAUCCAAACUGCUAGCACUUUGGCGCAUCAAAUUAGGUUGCAGACUGUGAUUUCAGAUAUUGGAUUUGUCAGUGACCUCUGUAGACACUUGCGCAAGAGCCUACAAGCAACAGCCGAGUCGGUUGGAGAUCAAGAGCUAAACUUGAAUGUUGCAUUGCAGGCUUCCAUUGAAAACUGCUUGUUGGAAACUGCAAGAGGGAUUGUUGAUGUUAGGCCGCUGUUCGAUAUGAUGUCUGUAACUCUGGAGAAGCUUCCAUCCAUUAAAGUUGUUGCCCGGGCAACAUUGUUGUCGUUGAUAAUUCUUUCCAACGUGAUUUCUUUAGCUGCUGUAUCUUCACAUUCAAAGCAGGUGUUCCCAGAGGCACUUCUUGUUCAGAUUCUGAAAGUGAUGUUGCAUCCUGAUGUUGAAAUACGCAUAGGAGGACACCAUAUAUUUUGUAUUCUUCUGUUUCCAAGUUUUGCAAAUGCAAGAAAUGAUCCGUUUAACCAUCCAAGGAGGUGGCAUUCAAAAAAUGCAUCGACAUUUGCCUCGAUUACUGCUCUUCUUGAGAAACUUCGUGGAGAGAAGUAUCAAAAUAAAGUAAAUAGGGGUAGUGCACAAGAUGAUUAUAACGAGGACACUGUUGAAGAAGAGUGGAAGCAUGGGUGGUCUCACAAGAAUUCUCCUAAUAUUCACACAUUGAGCUCCAUAGUUGACAGGACCACUGCUCCAUCUAGCUUGAAUCAAAAUAAACAAUCUUUUUUGAGGUGCAAUGAGGACCAAAUAUUGCAAUUGCUGUCUGCUCUGUUGCUACAAGCCAAUCUUCCUGAUAACCUACCUGCAAAUGUUGAAGCUAUAGCUCAUUCUUUUUGUUUGGUUCUUCUUGCUUCAUGCCUCAAGAACUCAAACAAAAAUCUGGUAGUCCGGUUCUUUCAACUUCCCCUUUCACUCAGAAGGAUAGCAUUGGACCCCAACAAUGGUUCCUUAUCUCCAGCUUAUCGGAGAUUGCUUCAUGUAUUAUCCACUGCGAUGUUGAUGUUUGCAGCAAAAAUAUAUCAUUUUGCCGACUCGAAUAAUUUGCGCAACUUGUUGUUUCAGUGUGAUGUUGAUCCAUAUUUGGGCAUUAAAGAUGACUUCCAAGUAUUUCUCAAGCCUCAAAGUGAUCUGGGCAAAUAUGGUUCUAUUGCUGAUAAUCAAGUUGCUUCAUCGCUACUCACUGAAUUGCAGAAGAACACCAUCGAAUCUGAAAAGUGUGUUCUAUACAUCAUAGUUGAAAGUUUAUCUAGCAUUACUAAGCUCGAGGAAGAAGACGUUGCUCAGCAGCUAUCAGAAGGAUUCAUGCCUGAUGACACUUUCAUGUUUGGCCCGCAAUCAAUGCUCAACAUGGAUCAUAUCCAAAAAGUUGCUCACUCAAAGGGUUCACCCUCAUUUGACGGGGAGUUUUCUGCAAAUUCUUAUGUUGAAGAUGACUCCAUCAGUAUAUCUUCGGUUGCUGAUAUAUCUAGCUUUAUCCCAAAAUUGCCUGCAUCCCCAUCUCCUUCGAUGUCCCGCAUUGUCGGCAUUGGACAAUUACUUGAAUCGGCACUUGAGGUGGCUGGUCAAGUAGCUGGAACAUCCAUUUCCACUUCGCCACUACCAUACAGUGCUAUGACCAAUCAGUGUGAAAGCCUCGGCAUUGACACGAGAAAGAAGCUUUCUAAUUGGUUGACCAGUGAAAACCGCUGCACAAAAGCGAGCGAUGUUUUUCUUCCAUCCUUUCAUGCGGAUGGUAUGUCAGCAAUUGGAAAGAUGAGCAGUGACGAUCAACCUAUUCCUAGUGCUGCAGUAUCAGCAAGCCCGUGGUUGGCUCUUAGGUUACCUCCGGCCAGCCCUUUUGACAACUUCCUUAGAGCAGCUCGUGGUUAG